UCUGACUUUCGAGUGUUAUUGCAAGUGGUGCAAGCAGGUGCUCAACUUUAUCUAUUCGUAUUUAGAUAACAUCCUGAAACAGAGAUAAUAUUUGUAAAAUUAACUUCAUGUUUGGGUUUAAAAUACGUUAAGACUUGUGCUCCGUGCAUAUUGCGUCACUAUCGAGCGGUAUGCCGCUUGACAGCGUGGGUGAAGGUGUGAUCAGAUUUCAGUGAAUAAAAGCUAGAUGAUAGCACUUAUUAUUUUUGUGGAAUUAAUCGUGAAUAAAUUAGUCAUUUUACCAUGAUUUUGGACGACGUUUGUGGUCCCAACUCUUCUUUUUGGGAUCCUGAUGUUUCAUGGAACACGCCCGAUCCAGAUUUCACUCCCUGCUUCCAGAAGACAGCUUUGACGUGGGGACCUUGCUUGUGUUUUUGGAUUUUUUCACCAAUAGAAAUUAGUUACCUAGUCAAUAGCAAGGCUCAGAAUAUUCCAUGGUCAUGGCUAAACAUAGCGAAAAUGGUAGCAACCUCAAUUCUAGUUUUAUUAUGUUUAGUAGAUGUAGGAUUUAUAUUCAAAAGGCUGGUCCUAGACGGUAGCUAUGUUGCCACAGUAGACGAAUUUACACCCUUAAUUAAACUAAUAACAUUUAUAAUGGCAGGAAUUUUCGUGUAUGCUAACAAAACUCGAGGGAUGCGUACAUCAGGAUUUCUCUUUCUCCUGUGGCUCAGUUUAGCAAUUUGUGGGGUUGCUCAAUAUAGAACUUUGUUACGAUUAGCUUUAAACAAGGAAUUAAUGAAUCCUGUGUAUCCAUUCGUUAGUUACAUGGUUUACUAUCCAAUUGUUUUGGCAUUAUUCAUUCUAAAUUUCUUCGCAGAUGUGCCUCCUAAAUCUUUUGAUUAUCCACCUACAAAUAAGCCGUGCCCAGAACUAGCGGCGUCCUUUCCAUCCAAGCUUGUCUUUGCAUGGUUCGAACCCUUUGCAAAAAAAGGUUUUGAAAGGCCGCUGGAAGUGAAAGACCUAUGGAGCAUGAAAGAUGAAGACACAGCUCGACAAGUAAUUCCCAAAUUUGACAAAUACUGGAGGAAAACAGUAGCAAAGCAAUCUAAUUCAGCAGGACAUAAAGCAUCCUUUUUAAAACGAGGAGCUAGUAUUCAACUAGAAUCUGGAGACCUUUCCAAAGGAGGCAAGGAAGGGAAAGCCUCUAUCUUACCUGCAUUGUGUAAAGCCUUUGGACCCACUUUCGUUUUUGGAUCACUUCUGAAACUGAUGCAAGAUUUACUUACAUUUAUCAGUCCUGAAUUACUGAAGUUGCUGAUCAAUUUUAUCCAAACGGAAAGUGAACUUACCUGGCGAGGGUACUUAUAUGCUUUUGGUUUGUUCUUCACUGCGACCAUCCAGACCAUCUUUCUAUCUCAAUACUUCACCAGGAUGUUUUAUGUUGGGCUUAGAAUACGAACAGCCCUGAUCUCUGCUAUUUACAGGAAGGCUCUAAGAAUAUCCAGUGCAUCUCGGAAGGAAUCAACUGUGGGAGAGAUUGUAAACUUAAUGGCCGUUGACGCACAAAGGUUCAUGGACUUGUUGACGUACCUUAACAUGAUUUGGUCAGCGCCUCUGCAAAUCACCCUUGCAGUUUACUUUCUGUGGGGGAUUUUAGGACCAAGUGUUUUAGCGGGUUUAGCUGUGAUGAUUGUCAUGAUACCAAUCAAUGCUGUUGUGGCUGCCAAAGUGAAAACUCUACAGAUCAAGCAAAUGAAAUACAAGGAUGAAAGGGUCAAGCUCAUGAAUGAAAUUUUAGCCGGAAUAAAAGUCCUGAAAUUAUAUGCCUGGGAGAGAAGUUUUGAAAAACAGAUUCUGAAAAUUCGAGACAAAGAAAUUAAAGUAUUGAAGAAAGCUGCCUAUCUCAAUGCUGCCACUUCUUUCAUUUGGUCUUGUGCUCCUUUCAUGGUAUCUCUUGCCACAUUUGCUGUCUACGUGCUUAUUGAUGAAAAAAAUGUUUUAGAUGCAAAGAAAGCAUUUGUCUCGUUGGCUUUGUUCAAUAUUUUACGAUUUCCACUUUCUAUGUUACCAAUGUUGCUCUCUAAUAUUGUUCAGGCGAGUGUCUCUGUCAAAAGAAUCAACAAUUUCAUGAACUUGCAAGAGUUGGAUGUCAAUGCAGUCAGUCAUGAUGAAAAUGAAAAGGAUGCUCUUAUCAUUGAAAAUGGAACGUUUUCAUGGGAUGGGCUGGCUCCAACAUUGCGUAACAUCAAUUUGAGUGUUGCUCCCAAUGCUCUUGUUGCUGUAGUUGGCACUGUUGGAUCUGGGAAGUCGUCUCUAUUAGCUGCAUCUCUUGGUGAAAUGGAAAAAAUGUCAGGACGAGUCAAUAUCAAGGGAUCUGUUGCCUAUGUUUCACAGCAAGCCUGGAUUCAAAAUGCAACGCUCCGAGAAAAUAUUUUGUUUGGAAAGCCCUUCAAUCUGAAACUUUAUAAUAAAGUUAUCGAGGCAUGUGCUCUUCGUCCAGAUUUUGAUAUGUUACCAGCAGGUGAUAGCACAGAAAUCGGAGAAAAAGGUAUCAAUCUGAGUGGUGGUCAAAAGCAACGAGUGAACUUAGCAAGAGCGGUGUACAAUGACCGUGAGGUGUAUCUUUUGGAUGAUCCUUUGAGUGCUGUUGACAGUCAUGUGGGUAAACACAUUUUUGAAAAUGUCAUAGGACCAAAAGGACUGCUUCGCAACAAGACAAGAAUAUUGGUGACACAUGGACUCACAUAUCUUCCAGAUAUGGAUCAAAUUUUCGUAAUGAAAGAAGGAGAAAUAUCAGAAAAUGGUUCGUACAAAGAGCUUCUUCAGAAAAAAGGUGCUUUCGCUGAGUUCCUGAUCACUCAUCUUCAAGAGAUUGAUGAUGCUGACGAUGAGCUAGGAUUGAAACAGCAGCUAUUGACAACGCCUGGAUUGGUUCCUCGGAAGGGACAUAGAACCUCCAAUUCUAGUGAGACAGGUUCAACUGUCUCCCUACACAGACAAGCGUCAGAAGAUGAAACAGCAAAUGGAUUGAACGCCAAUAAUGUAGCAACUGGACAAAAAUUAAUAGAAGUUGAAAAAGCAGAAACUGGAAGUGUUCAAUGGCAUGUAUAUCUCCACUAUUUCAAAGCCAUCGGAUGGUCUUUGAGUUUAGCUACGAUCAUCUUAAUCAUCAUGUUUCAAGGAUUCUCAAUUAGUUCUAAUCUGUGGCUGUCAAAGUGGUCAUCAGAUAAUCAGACUAGUUAUUCGGCCUCUGAGAAAUCGGAGAAACGAAACUUAUAUCUUGAAGUUUAUGCUGCAUUAGGAUUUGGACAAGCGUUGAGUGCAGUUUUUGGAAACUAUUUUCCAAGAAUAGGUUGUCUCUUGGCAAGUCGUUCAAUAUUCUUUUUCUUUGUUGACGGUGUUAUAAAUGCACCUCUCUCUUUCAUGGAUGUAACCCCUUCAGGACGAAUUUUAGUGCGCUUCUUAAAAGAUCUCGAUGUUAUGGACUACUCUUUGCCUUUGAUACUCCAUGAUAUGGUUUACUGUCUCAUCCAAGUCAUAGCAACGCUCUUCGUGAUCAGCUUUUCCACCCCAUUGUUCGUUGUUGUUAUCUUACCAAUCAGUGUUGUUUACUACCUCAUCCAGCGAUUCUACGUGCCCACCUCCAGACAGUUGAAGAGAUUAGAAUCUGUAUCAAGAUCACCAAUUUAUUCGCAUUUUGGUGAAAGUGUCACAGGUGCUGCAGUUAUCCGUGCAUUUGGUGUUCAAAACAGAUUCAUUGCUGAGUCAGAACAAAAAGUUGAUUUUAAUCAAGUGUGUUACUUUCCAAGUAUCAUUGCCAAUAGAUGGUUGGCUGUUCGACUGGAAAGUAUUGGCAAUCUAAUCAUCUUGUCUGCUGCAAUUUUUGCGGUUUUGGGAAGAGAUACUUUGAGUGCUGGUCUAGUAGGUCUAUCUAUCAGUUAUGCUCUUCAGAUGACUCAAACCUUGACCUGGCUAGUCAGAAUGACAUCUGAUGUAGAGACUAACAUCGUUGCAGUUGAGAGAAUUAAAGAAUAUGGAGAAACUAAACAGGAAGCAGCUUGGAAUAUACCAGAAAAAGCUCCACCAUCUACCUGGCCAGAGAAGGGACAAGUUGUUUUUAAAGACUUCAAAGUUCGUUACAGAGAAGGUCUGGAGCUUGUUCUGAAAGGGAUUAAUUUUACUGUGGAAGGAGGCGAGAAGGUAGGAAUUGUCGGUAGAACUGGAGCUGGCAAGUCAUCAUUAACUCUCAGCUUGUUCCGUAUUAUAGAAUCGGCUGGAGGAGCUAUUUACAUUGAUGAUGUAGAUAUUUCUACAAUAGGUCUGCAUGACCUAAGAUCCAGACUUACAAUUAUUCCACAGGAUCCCAUCCUAUUUUCGGGGACCCUGAGGAUUAACCUAGAUCCUGUAGGUUUAUAUUCUGAUGAAGAUGUCUGGCGAGCAUUAGAACUGUCCCAUUUAAAGAAUUUUGUCAAAUCUUUACCCGCUGGUUUACAGCAAGAGGUUUCGGAAGGAGGUGAAAAUUUAAGUGUGGGCCAGAGGCAACUCAUUUGUCUUGCUCGAGCCUUGCUCCGCAAAACUAAGAUUCUGAUCCUGGACGAGGCAACUGCUGCUGUAGACUUAGAAACUGAUGAUUUGAUUCAAGCAACUAUUCGGUCCGAGUUCAAAGAAUGCACUGUUCUCACAAUAGCCCAUAGACUCAAUACUAUCCUGGACUCAGAUCGGGUGCUUGUUCUGGACAAAGGCACGAUAGUAGAGUAUGAUGCACCAACUAAACUACUAAAGAAUCGUAGCUCUGUGUUCUAUUCAAUGGCAAAAGAUGCUGGCCUGAUAUCAGAGGUUCCGUCCAUACAUCCCGUUGAACAAUAAUUUGUGCGCUAAGCAUUUACUUGUCCUAAUCUUGUUCUGGUUUCUCUAUUUCUAGAUUAAUUUGUACUUACUGGCAACUCCUCAAGAUAUCCUGUCUCUAGAGAUCUCUGAGAUCCUGUCUCUAAUGUGUGGAUGUUUGCUUUAUUUGUUUAGUGUUCAAGAAAGUAUACAUUUUUAUUUCAUCAUGUCAUGAAGAGUGUUACAUCCGCGUGAAGGCACUGCUAAUGCUGAAUACUCUUCUUACAAUUGACUUGAGGGCUUUACAGACCUCAAUCUUUAAUAUGAAUCGGUGUUAUUUACAAUUAUCUUUGAUUAUUACCUUGACUUUAGAAAAAAAAAAUCAGUGUAAUAUGUUCCUUACUGAGAAUUUUAUGAAUUGCUUAGGCAAGAUUUUCCCAUGUUCGUCACUUACGCAUGAUAACAUUUCAAUUUAUUUAUAUAUUUGUGAGGAUGUUCAACCAAUCUUGUCUAGAAUUAUUAUAUUUGGCAAAGUUUUUCUGAGUUGCCUCAAAACAGCAUCAAAUGAAAUGUAAAAUUCACCGUGAUCAUUGUUUAAUGAUCAAUGAUUAGAUUUUUUGAUGAUUGCUUUUUAUUGCAUACCAAGUGAAUGAAUUUUGAACCACUAUUUUUAAUUUAAAUGGAAGAAGAGUUUUCCCAGAAUUCUGCAAAUCCACAAUUUGGAUUCCAGCAUUCAAUUUAAGGAAUUCUUGGUACAUUUUAUGCUCUCCAUCUCUUUUUUUUUUUAUUACCUCAUCAUCUAUCCGAAUAAUAUAUUAAGCCCUUUUUUUAUUUUUAUGUCAUCACAGUUUGAAGUUUGAAAUAAUUUUUGCACAUAAUCCUUGCAUCAUUAAAUGGGAAAAAGAAAACGUACCAAGCAAAUUCAGAAGAAUAUGCGAAAAUUUCACCCUAUUAAUGUGUAAUUAGCCUUAAGGAGUCAUUGGGUGGAUUGAAGAGAAACUUCUUUUUUGCCUUCAUCCUAAUAGCAAAAUGCAAGCAUCAAAUGUAAUGAAACUGACAAGUAUGAAGUUUUAGCCCUCUACGUCACCCCUAACAUAGAGUCCUAGACACUUCAAUGGAUGGAAAUCUAAAUAAAUUUUCACUUUUUUAAAAAUUUAAGCACAUCAGUCCGAAGGAAGCCAACGUUCCUUUGGGAAAAAAAUUUCAACCGUUUGGACAAGCAGAGAAAUGAGUGAGUUCCAAUUGACAAUUUUCGGGGCUUAAAAUAGCUCUUUUGUCAGUAUGUGGAGGAAAUUCUGAUUGCAUUCAAAUUUUGGCCGUAUGGCAGGCAAUCCUGUAUGACAUCACUAAGUUAAGUAACAAAGGGCAAAAAUUUCAUCAGCUGUGACAUAUCUUAAAGCAUUUAACCACAGAUCACGAUCUAAAACGGUGCAAAACUAUUAUAUUGUUGCUGUCACAAUUGCAUCAAGGUGCUACUUGAGGUGCAGCGACAAUAGGACCAUGACAACACCACUGCAGUAAUUUUGUGCAAUUUUAAUUCUUGAUUUGUGGCUUAACAGUUUUUGAUAUGUCAAAUGCACACAAUGUUCAACCUUGCUGUAACAACUCGUUGAUUUCAUGACGGAUAGAGUUUAAUAUCGCCGAAAUUUGUACAUCCUCACAAGUCCCUUAAUGGAGUGACUAAAAAGGUUGUUUGUAGCUCCAAAAAUCUUCAUUUUGGGCUUGCUCCUUUCUUUGCAUCGAAGACCUUUGAAAUUUUUGUUCUAAGAGUCAUUGCCCAUUAAAUUCCUUGCAGAUUGAUUUUUCAUUUUUUCAAAAAAUGCAUAUUUUUAUUUUCAUUCCUUAUAGUGCCUGGGAGUGUAUGUCAGGGGUGGUAUGAAGGGCUGAAACUUUUUUACAUGUGUGAUUUUAUCACCAUCGACACUUGUUAUUUUGUUGUUUUUUUUUGCGUUCAUGGUGGGAACAAAAAAAAAGUCUUUAACCUGUCCCAAGGAGUCAUUGUACUUGCCGAUUCCAAAAUCUUUUAACCGAUCAAUUAUUACCUUAGUUAUUUUAUUGGAUUGUUUUACUUAGUUAUUUUACCUUGGUCCCUACUUUUACUUAUACAUUCUUAUAAAAUUUCACCGAAGUGCCACAAUUUUUUUCAAUUUGAUCUUCUUAAGUUAGUGUUGCAUCACAAUCAAGUCAAGUAGUCCUCAAAAAGUUUGAGCCUAAAAGCUGCAGCUAAAUGAGGAAGCUAAAAUGCUCAGAUCUACCUGAUGAAAUCCUUCGUAGAUUUUUAAUUGAGGAUUAUUAUUUGUUUACAUUUUUGUAAUUUUUGUAAUUGAUUAUUUGUUAACAAUUUUUCUAAUUUUUAGAUCAAAUAUUAUCACAUCACCUUGUUUUCAAUUUUAUGGUACUCUUGCUCAAACGCGGUGCCUGUGUUUUGUAUUGUUACAUUCUUAAACUAGCUUAAAAGCAUCCCUUUAGGAGGAAUUGGGUGAUGAAAAAACGUCUACCGGAAACUUGAAUUGUACCGAGUUAAAAAGCUUCUUGUAAAACAUAGGAAGAAGGAAAAUGCCAAGGCUCUCAGUGAAAGUGCUGAAUUAUUCAUUAUCAAUCAUUCAUCAUUUUAGAUGGUAAAUUUUUAUUUAAAGCCGCCACAAUUUUUGAGUGAGAGUGCCUAUGUUGCGUACCGAAAUUGUGUGUAUCCAUAUUUACAGAAGGUUCAAAGUGUUCCCUCUCUCUCUAUUCUGUAAAUCUUGAUGCUCAUGUUAAAGGAUUGAAUUGUGAUAUGUCUCUGUGAACACACGAGUCACCUAAAAUGCCUGUAACAACUCUUUUUAACUCUAUCUUUACCCCUAAUUUUCAUCAGGUAUUACCUAGUUUAUCUUCGGUUGCACUUUCCUAAACUUACCUGCCAGCAUGAAUUUUUUUAGUUAUGCUAGUGGAGUUUUUGUCAAUUUUAAUUUUACAUUAGUUCCUCAUUUUAACACCAUGUCCAUGUGACCAACAUUAGAGGAUGUUUUGUUAAACUAAGUACAUAUUCAGUCCUGUGAAGUGAUUAGUUUUCAGAAUAUACUCUCUCACAUUACCGCAGCCCAGUCAGGUGCUUUUGCAAGUUAUUCCUGAAUCAUUGUGAAGUAUGCCAUUAGUAUUGUAAGAAAGAAAAUUUUAUCAGUAAGUUUUUUAAAUUAAAAUUUACCUGUUACCUCUCCUGAAUGAGGAUUCUUCGUUGUUCCCUAGUUUUAGAUUUAUUGUAAAAAUUGUGAGAUUGCUCUUUUUACUGCAAGUAAAAUAAUUUCUUUAUCAUUCUCACA